AUGCAGAUCUUCGUAAAGACCCUUACCGGCAAGACCAUCACUCUCGAGGUCGAGUCCAGUGAUACUAUUGAUAAUGUGAAGAGCAAGAUCCAGGACAAGGAGGGUAUCCCGCCUGAUCAACAGCGUCUUAUCUUCGCCGGCAAACAGCUCGAAGACGGCCGGACCCUAUCCGACUACAACAUCCAAAAGGAGUCGACGCUUCACUUGGUUCUUCGUCUCCGUGGAGGCAUGCAAAUCUUCGUCAAAACUCUGACCGGGAAGACCAUCACUCUGGAGGUCGAGUCGUCUGACACUAUCGACAAUGUAAAGAGCAAAAUUCAGGAUAAGGAGGGUAUCCCCCCUGAUCAGCAACGACUUAUCUUCGCUGGUAAACAACUUGAAGAUGGCCGAACCCUAUCCGACUACAACAUCCAGAAAGAAUCUACUCUUCACCUCGUCCUCCGUCUUCGUGGUGGUAUGCAAAUCUUCGUCAAGACAUUGACCGGCAAGACCAUCACCUUGGAAGUUGAAUCGUCCGACACCAUUGAUAAUGUGAAGAGCAAGAUCCAGGAUAAGGAAGGCAUUCCUCCAGAUCAGCAGCGCUUGAUCUUCGCCGGUAAGCAGCUGGAGGAUGGUCGCACACUGUCCGACUACAACAUCCAGAAAGAAUCUACACUACAUCUUGUUCUGAGACUGCGAGGUGGCAUGCAGAUCUUUGUCAAGACCUUGACAGGAAAGACCAUCACACUCGAAGUGGAAAGCUCGGACACCAUCGAUAAUGUUAAGAGCAAGAUCCAAGACAAAGAGGGUAUUCCCCCAGAUCAACAGCGCCUCAUCUUCGCCGGCAAGCAGUUGGAAGACGGUCGGACUUUGUCGGAUUAUAACAUCCAGAAAGAGAGCACUUUGCAUCUUGUGUUGAGACUGCGUGGUGGCAAUUAG